AUGGAGGUCAAGUGGAAGGUGGCGGUUCUCCUUCUCCUCCUUGGUUGCUGCAACGCUCAGCGCGUCACCAACGUGUCUCCGCGCAUCGGAAGCGCCAACGGAGCCACACGACUCACUAUUCAAGGAGCAGGUUUUGCCCAGGAGCAGCAGUUCCAGCUGAAUCCUGGAGACGCGUUUGGGAACAGUGUGACCCUGGUGUCAAACACCCUGUCAGUCCCCUGUGAUGUGGAGAAAGACUCCACGCACAGCAGCCAGAUCAUGUGUUACACCAGAUCCAUGCCGUAUGAUACUUAUGUGGUCCACGUCAGUGUGGAUAGUGUCCCCAUUCCUGACAGCAGAUUGUGCAACAGCGUUAGUUGGUACUGCAGCUUUAUAACUGUUUGGUAUCGCACGCCUACUAUAGACUCUCUGAGUCCAGUCAGCGGUCCUCCAGGCACACUGGUGAGCGUGUAUGGACGGAUCUUCUCUGACGUGUAUGGAAGCAACACAGACGUGAGCUCAAAUGGCAUUAAUGCCAGAUUCCUGAGAGCCUACAUGGGAGGAAUGCCGUGUGAGCUGCUUAAACCCAACUCAGAUGAACUGUAUAACCUGCAGCUGGAUUCUGAAACUUCUCAGUGGGGACACAUGAGCUGCAAAAUGACGGGGACGUAUGUUGGUCAUCAGAACCUGAGUUACAUCCUCGAUGCAGAUUUUGGAAGGAGUCAGGCAGCGAAGAAGCUCUUCAGGGUUUCAGCUUCGGGCAAGCUCUCCAUGUUUCAGACCUUUGCAGAGGUGACAGGGGUCUUUCCAUCAGAGGGCAGCGUCAUGGGUGGAACUCUGCUGACGGUUCAGGGACGUUUUUUUGAUGAAACUGACCAACCAGCGCGCGUUCUCGUUGGAGGCCUCCCUUGUGAAAUCCAGAGUGUCGCAGCUAACCAAAUCACAUGCAAGACUGCAGAAUACCAGAUGAACGAGACCACGGCAGUCUACCCAGGGGGAAGAGGUUUAAAAAUGGAGGUGUGGAACAACUCGAGGCCCAGUUCUCUCAGUAACAUUUGGAGCUACAACAAGAACACGACCGGCUACUGGUCACAGUGGAUCGACUCCAUGCCCUACACCUUUCCCAGAGAAUUUGACACCUUCACCACACGAGUAACGGGCUUCUUUGUGCCUCCAGCCACCGGAAACUACACAAUCUACUUCAACUGUGAUGACCGGUGUGAUCUCUACCUCAGCAACUCCAGCCGCCCAGAACACAAGGUUAAAGUUGCAUACCAGCCAUAUUUUGUCUAUGACUACACACGACUGGAGUCACAAAAGUCAAAAGUACUCGCCUUGGAGAAAGGAAAACCAUACUACCUGGAAAUUCUGCAGCAAGAAUAUGGCGUUGAAGCUGGCUUCAACUUUGCGUUGUUCCUCGGGGAGAGUCCCUUCACAGAAAACCAGGCCGACGAUGCUGUCAAUGAAGUUCAGGACAUUGUUGCCAGAUACAACGUGUUUGAUGAGGAGCAGGUGGUUACCUUUGGCCUGUGGCCUGCCAGUGUGGCUGGAGUCAAGGAGGUCCAGAACAUAACUGUCAGCAGCAGCUGUUCUGAUCUGCUUUGUAGGAGCACCUUCUUCAGCCUGGGCUAUGGACACGCUCAGACUGGACCGAUCCCAGUCAGCGCUUCAGCAGUGGAGGUAGAGGCAGCCUUGAACAGCCUGUGGUCCAUCAGACCCGACACGGUGACGGUCACCAAACAACAAACCGGCGAUGGGUCUCAGUACACGGUCACGUUCAACUCUGACAGAGGUGACUUCAACCUGCUUCACUUUGAGGUUUUUGGCUCAGACACCAACAUCACUGUUACUGAGAUUAACAAGGGGAGAAGCAACAUGAAAACCUUCACUCUGCUCUGGGAAGGAAUCCCCACAAAGCCCAUCGCCUUCAACGCAACUGAAUCUGAGGUUCAGUCGGCUCUGGAGGACAUGAUGAGAGCAGAGUGUCCGAAGGAGAUCCUGACCUCUGAGGGCGCAGAUGUGAAGUACUUCAAAGACUUUGAAAACGACAAUUCACAGUUCAAUGUUGCAAAUGAGGGAACGCCUGUGGAUCGCUCUGGGUUCUGUGGCCGCUGGUCGCUGAAGAACGCUGAGAUCCUUUUCAAAGACAGCUACACCACCGAGUCCGGAUACACCUAUGGACCAGUGUCAUUGGACAAACACCCAACACUUUGCUUUGCAUAUAAGGGAAUGCUGAAAGAUGAAGCUGGAAUGAAGUUCACCUACCAGGACAGCAAAGGUCAAACCCAAACAGUGACAGCAAAGAUCAACACUGUCUUCAACAAGGGCUCCACGUGGAGUUACAAAUGCAUGAACCUGCAGACCUCCCUGCAGACACAGUACAUUGGGAGUAGGUACACUCUCCUGGAGUUUUACCUCUACAGGGAUGCUUCAGGUGAAGACUUCUAUGUUGAUGCUGUUCGCAUUGGAAGGACGAGCACCGCAAUCGAUGAAAAUGCUGUUCCUAACAAGAGGAGGCCCCCUCCUUUUGAGGGCUCUGGUCGGUCCUUCGAGUUGAUCUCCGUCAGCAGACGUGAGCCAUCUGCUUCACAGAUCAGCUAUGACAUCAAAGCCACACCUGUAGGCUGUGCAUUUGAUUUCCCACUGUUAACCGUUGGCUUUCUGCAGAUGUCCAACAGCAGCGAGGACAUGGCUGAGUUUACAGAGGGAGCAGCCACAGUUACCAUCACUCGCCCUCACAGAGCCUCGCCUCCUCUGAACGGCACUUUCGAUGCAGAGAUUUACGGCGGUCGAGCUGAAGGUUUGUCUGUGGACAUCAGUGAGGAGGACCUGAAGUAUGCCCUGGAGGGAAUCGCAGGGAUGGGCCAGGUCAGCGUGGGAAAGGUUGGAACCUGCAGGCAACCCGUGUGGAGGGUCAAGUGGCUCACCAAAUCAGGAGACCAGCCUCUGAUCCAGGUCAAUUACUCGUUAGUUGUCGGGGAAAACGUGACCGUUGGGGCCAAGGAGAAACAAAAGGGUGGGCUGCUGAUUCGAAGCCUGACCGGAGACUUUUUCCGAGUGUGGGAAAACAAACCGCAGGUGGAGGUUCACAUCAAUGGCAUUCCCUCAAAGUGUUCUGGCGACUGUGGCUUUAAAUGGUCAGAGGAGAAAACUCCGGUUGUGACAGGAAUCAGCCCGUCUCAAGGUUCUGAUGGUGUGGGGACUCUCUUGACCAUCACUGGGACUGGCUUCAGCAGUGAAAAUGCUUCCAUCAUGGUGGGACCUGCCAGGUGCCACAUUAAAGCAGCCACAGCCUCCACUCUGGUGUGCACGCUUGGCAGCGCCAGUGCCGGCACCUAUCCAGUGUCAGUCAACUUCCCCUCUCUGGGUGAUUCGCGCUAUUUAGGCGGCAACUUCCUCUUCACCUACCAGCUCAUCGUGUCUUCUUUCUCCCCGCUGUCUGGAAGCGUUGCAGGAGGCACCCUGCUGACAGUGAAAGGCUUCGGCUUCAGCUGGAACACCACAGUUGCUGUUGGCAGUGCAGAGUGCGCAGUGAUUGAUUCAACGGACACUGAGCUGAAAUGCAGGACGCCAGCAGGAGCUGCAGGAUCUCAGACCGUCACAGUGAUGCUGGGAAACAUGAGUCAGACGGCCAGCGGCUCUUUCACCUACGAUAACAACCUCACCCCACAGAUCUCAGGCCUCAGUCCCCUGACUACCACUGUGAUCGGACACCGAGUUCUCACCAUCCAGGGUUCAAAGCUCGGGCAGCAAGACAAUGACAGCAUCGUGCUCGUAGGAAGGAAUGAAUGCGUCAUUGUGCUUUGGACGGCAACAAACAUCACCUGUCUUCUCCCCGUGCUGCCGCCCGGCACGCACGAGGUGGACGUGCAGGUUGGGAACAAUGGCUAUCCUGAGACGAGCAAUGGUGUAAAUAUGACCAUUGAGUAUAUCCUGGAAGUCUCCGGCAUCUCCCCGUUGUUCGGCUCUUUGCUGGGAGGAACCGAGCUGACCGUUUCUGGCUCUGGUUUCAGCAGCAACAUAUCUGACAACACUGUGUCUGUUGGAAACACUGCUUGUGAAGUGACGGCUGCCUCAGAGAAGGAGCUGCGCUGUGUGGUGCAGUCAGAGGAGAAGACUCACAUUGUUACCAACCAGGGCUCUGAUAUCACUUACGGCCCAGGAUACGCGUGGAGUCCCGCCUCGCUCACCGUGUUCGUCGGCGAUAAGGUGACGUGGGGUUGGGAGGCACCGGCCUUCCAAAAAGUCGGGUACCGGGUCUUCAGUGUUUCCAGCCCGAGUGGAACCACUUAUGAAGGGGGACCUUUCAGCAGCGGCGAAACCAAGACUGCUCAAGGGUUUUUCAGCUACCGUUUCACGACGCCUGGUGUGUAUUACUACAGCAGUGGAUACGUAGACAACGCCAACCUCAGGCUGCUGCAGGGAGUCGUGAAAGUCAAUAGUCGAGAGGAAAAGAACAGCGUGGUUUCUGUCACAGUGAAGGGCAUCGAGGCCAGACAUGCGGCUGGGGGUUCACGUCGCAUCUCCAGAGCGGCAUCACAGUGCGUCGCCUCCCCGCAGUGCCAGCAGCCCACUCAGACUGGUCCGCUCUCCUUCAGUGCCUCCACCUGCGCCACUCCCAUCAUCUACUCCAUUUCUCCCAACCAGGGCUCAUACCACCAAGUGAUCCAGAUCCAGGGCAAAGGCUUCAGCGACGUGGCCUGCGCUAAUGAGGUGACGGUGGGAGAUCAGCCCUGUCAGGUGAUCAACAGCUCCCAGUCUGAGAUUAACUGCCAGCUCAGCCCCGGCAGUGAACUUCCCGUCGCUCUUGCUCUCCCUGUGGCCGUCAGAGUCAACAACCUGGGCAGCGCCGUCAUCGCCGUGCUCAACGAGCUUGACCGCCGCUUUGUGGUUUUACCUGUAGUUGACUCAGUCUGGCCUCCUGUUGGAAGCCCCACCGGCCACACCAGACUCCUCAUCCGCGGUUCUGGUUUCUCCGAGGGACUUGUGACUGUAGCCAGCGCGCCCUGCGACGUCCAGUCUGUUAAUUACUCUUCGAUCAUCUGUGACACUGCGCCCUCUCAGCCGCACGCUGGCGAUGUCAUCUUUUAUGUGGGCCGAAUCCAAAGCACCUGCCACUCAAACUGCUCCUUCAGCUACUCCACGUCUGUCACUCCCACAGUCACCAGCAUUUCCCCCGACAACAUUCACAGUGCCACUACUGUGACCAUCUCUGGCUCAGGGUUCGGCAGCAGCGCGAACGAUGUGGCAGUUUUUGCCAGCAUGACCCAGCUGGAAGUAACCGCGGUGACCGAUGGCAGCAUCAGUGCAAGAGUUAGCGCUUUGCCUGCUGGCGUUCACUCAGUCAAAGUGAUUGUGAGAAGCAAAGGCCUUGCUUCUGGUCAGGUCACCCUGAGCAGCACCGCACAAGCCACCAUGAACCCUAACGUGGGCAGUCUGGCGGGAGGAACGCUGCUCGUCUUCACAGGAAAUGGCUUCGCUCCAGGGAACACAAGCGUGACCGUCGGCAGGAAACCCUGCAAGAUUCAGGAGGUGACGCCAGGUGGUCUCAGCUGCCUGACGCCUCCUAACAGUGAAGGCCUGGUGACCGUCAACAUCCAGGUGUUCUCUGUGCAGUAUCCUCCCCUCAACUUCACCUACUCUAAAGCCCACACGCCUACCAUCAGCUCCAUCAGCCCCACCACAGGGCCGAGCGGGUCCGUCGUCUUCCUCACUGGUUCGGGCUUCGGAAACGACUCUCAGCUCGUCACUGUCACCAUAAACAGCGUCCCCUGCAAUGUGUCCACGGUCUCUGACGCACAGGUGCAGUGCACCACGGGAGACAACCCGGGGGGGACCUACCCAGUCGUGCUGCAGCACCAGGUCAAAGGUUACGCUGAGACAGGAGUCAUGUUCACGUACGAACUGACGCUCAGCAGCGUGCAGCCCAGUGAGGGUAGUUUCGGUGGGGGGGCUCUGCUGUCCGUGCGGGGUUCUGGGUUCGAUCCACUCAACUCCACUGUGCUGAUCUGUGGGGGGGAGUGCCACGUCCACAGAGAAACGUCCACAUCCACCAGUCUGUACUGCCAGGCUCCACUCAACAACGGCACCCAGUCAGAUGUCAGCUGCGUUGUUGCUGUCAUUAACCCACGUGAUGCGGUCAACAUAUCGAACGGCUUCACCUAUAAAUCUCAGCUGACUCCAGUGAUCAGCGGGGUUUCCCCGCGCAGAGGCAGCACUGCAGGAGGCACCCGGCUCACAGUCACCGGUUCUGGUUUCAGCUCUGAUGUGAAUGAAGUCAACGUGACGAUCGCGGGGUCGGUGUGUGACGUGCAGUCCACUAACAGCACACACAUCAUCUGCGUGACCAACGCUCAGAGGCAGUCUCAGAAAACCAAAGUCAGAGUGAGCAUCGGGAAUCGAGGCAUCGCCAAAAUGGACAACGCAGAUUUCUUCUACAUUGACGUGUGGUCGUCCAGGUUCACGUGGGGAGGUCUGUCCCCACCUGAGGAGGGCACUUUUGCCGUCAUCACUAAGGGCCAAACCGUCCUGCUGGACACCAGCACACCUGUGCUCAAAAUGCUGCUUAUUCAAGGAGGGACGCUGGUGUUCGAUGAAGCGGACAUCGAGCUGCAGGCAGAAAAUAUCCUGAUCACCGACGGCGGUCUGCUCCAGAUCGGACAGGAGGGGGCGCCAUUCCAGCACAAGGCCAUCAUCACGCUCCACGGACACCUGCGCUCACCUGAACUUCCUGUUUAUGGAGCCAAGACCCUGGCUAUCAGAGAGGGCGUGUUGGACCUCCAUGGUCUUCCUGUGCCCAUCCCCUGGACCCACUUGGCCCGGACAGCAAACAGUGGCUCAGACACGCUGACGCUGAUGAAGGCGGUGACGUGGAAAGUCGGAGAUGAGAUCGUCAUUGCCUCCACUGGACACAGGCACAGUCAAGCAGAGAAUGAGGUGAGGAGGAUCGGCGCCGUUUCGGCAGAUGGAAUGACUCUAACUCUGACCAAACCGCUGAACUACACUCACCUCGGGGUAUCCGUGACGCUGCCUGAUGGCACGGUGUUUGAGGGCAGGGCUGAGGUGGGUCUCCUCACCAGGAACAUUGUUGUUCGAGGCUCCCAACAUCUAGAAUGGGAUGACAAGAUCGCAGCAUGCCCGGAUGGCUUCAACACAGGUGAAUUCACCACCCAGACGUGUUUCCAGGGUCGGUUUGGAGAGGAGGCUGGCAGCGAUCAGUUUGGAGGCUGCAUCAUGUUCCACGCACCCAGACCAAAUGAGAAUCUUGCGAUCGGCCGUCUGGAAUAUGUUGAGGUUUUCCACGCCGGACAGGCCUUCAGGCUGGGACGGUAUCCCAUCCACUGGCAUCUGAUGGGAGACAUCAACUACAAGUCGUACGUGAGAGGCUGCGCGAUCCAUCAGACCUUCAACAGGGCCGUAACCAUCCACAACACCCACCGGCUUCUGGUGGAACACAAUGUCAUCUACGACAUCAUGGGGGGGGCCUUCUUCAUUGAGGACGGCAUUGAGACAAACAACAUCCUGCAGUACAACCUGGCUGUGUUUGUCAAACAGAGCACCAGCCUGCUGAAUGAUGACGUCACUCCUGCCGCGUACUGGGUCACCAAUCCCAAUAACAUCAUCCGCCACAACGCAGCCGCGGGGGGAACCCACUUCGGCUUCUGGUACCGCAUGCACAAUAACCCCGAUGGCCCGUCCUACAACCCAAAUAUCUGUCAGAAGAGAGUUCCCCUCGGUGAGUUCUACAACAACACCGUGCACUCUCAGGGCUGGUUCGGCCUUUGGAUUUUUCAAGAAUUUUUCCCCAUGAAGAACGGAGGCUGCAGGUCCUCGAUCCCUGAACCCGCUGUCUUCCGUUCCCUCACCACCUGGAACUGUGAGAAGGGUGCUGAGUGGGUCAAUGUAGGCGCCGUGCAGUUCAACAGCUUCAUCAUGGUCAACAAUGAGAAAGCAGGCAUUGAAACCAAGCGUAUUUUUCAAUGGGCCGUGAGCGGCUUCGGAGAAGACGGCGGGGCAACAGUGUCCAAUAGCACCUUCGUGGGCCACGUGGACGAGCUCGGACUGGGAAGCGACUUCUGCACGCGUCGCGGCAUCAUCCUGCCCUUCGACGACGGCCUGAGUGUCCUUAACAGCAAGUUCAUCAACUUUAACCGCAGCUCCUGCGCGGCCAUCGGGGUAACCUCAAUCGAUGGGGUGUGCUUGGACCGUUGUGGUGGCUGGGCUGCCAGGUUCAGCGGCAUCCAGUACAUGAACUCACCCAACAAGGCCGGCUUCAGGUGGGAGCACGAAGUGCAGCUGGUGGACACUGAUGGCUCCCUCACAGGAAACAUAAGCCAUAAAGUCGUGCCUAUGAGUGACUUGCUGGACCCUGCUCACUGCUUCCAGAGUGCCGAAUGGAGCGUGGGCUUCCCCGGCGCCGUGUGUGACCACACCGUCAACUUCCACCGUCUGGCAUUUAACAAUCCCUCGCCGAGCUCGCUGCAGGCCAAGAAUGUGAUCUUAACCAACUCACAUGGGAGCUCUCGGGUCCCAUAUUUAAAGAAGAGACUGACUCAUCCGUUUGGCUGGAUGGGCCUGCUGCCCUCUGGACAGACGUACAACUGGUACUUUGAAAAUGUGGAUUAUAUCACCAACAUCACGUACAGUGGGAAAUUCUACGGCUUCAAGCCAGAUCAGUACGUCAUCAUCAACCACAACUUCACCCAGAGCCUGGACAGUUUCCAGAUCGUCGACCAGAGAAACGGCUCAUCGAUGCCGCUGAGCUUCAGCAACAACAAGAACGGAGACUGGUACUUCAAUAAAACCUCCAACGACCUCUACUACAUCGUGUCUGGGAAGACGAGCCAGCGCAGGAGGAGGAACACUGUUGACCGCUCCAUGAUUGACGUGGAGACAAACUUUGCAGUCUACCGCUGCUUCUACCCCAACUGCAUCCCACCACCACCACCAGCUCCAGCCACUCUCACCCCAUUACCCAGCCGCCGACCUGCCAACUUCAUCCGAUGGUCCAACGCUUCAUUCUGGAAAGGUUCAGCAGAAAACCACUUCACUGAACCAGCAGAGGGCGCUGAUGUAGUCAUCCCAUCAGGGCAGUGGGUGGUUUUGGAUACCGACACCCCCCGUCUCAAUAAGCUCACAGUCAUCGGAGUCCUCGAGAUACCCGACACCAUGAACAGCUCGUCUAGCAGACAGGCUCGAUCUGUGCCCGAGUACAACACUGUCGUCAUAGAUGCUGUCUACAUCUCCAUCCAGGGCGGCCGGCUGAUUGCGGGAUGGAAGGACGAGCCAUUCAGAGGUCAGCUGCACAUCCAGCUGAGAGGGAACCACAGCACUGCGGAAUGGCCUCUGCCAAACGGACCCAACCAGGGAUCCAAAGUCCUGGGUGUGUUUGGCACGUUGGAGCUCUACGGGCUGCCUCACAAUGUUUACCACACCAAACUCGCCGCUACCGCUAACGCCGGAUCCAACACUCUGACCCUGUCGCAGUCUGUCGACUGGCAGGUCGGCGACGAGGUUGUGAUCUCCACCAGCAGCUACAGCGCACAGGAGACAGAGAAAUGUCGAAUCACCGCCGUGUCAGCAGACGGCCGCAUCCUGACCCUGAACCAGCUUUUGGCCCACACUCACAACGGUGGGAAUCACUCUGUGUCAGGUACGCCUUUCUCCUACACUCUGGCGGCCGAUGUCGGUCUCGUGACCAGAAACAUCAAGAUCAUCGGUCAGGAAUAUCCAUCUAUGAUGGAAGACUCGUUCGGAGCGAGACUGCUCGUCGGCACUUACUCCUGGGAGGGAAUAACCUACAAAGGCAAAGCUCAGAUCAGGAAUGUGGAGUUCUACCACUCGGGUCAGGGAGGCUGGACCGACUACACUGACCCCCGCUACUCUGUGGCCUUCCUCAACCUGGGAGAGGUUUCAGCAGAUGAGUCGUACAUUCAGGGCUGCGCUUUCCAUGAUGGUUUCUCUCCGGCCAUCGGCGUUUUUGGAACAGACGGGCUGAGCGUCGACGAUAACAUCGUCCACCACACUGUGGGAGAAGGCAUCAGGAUUUGGGGCGAUAACGUAACACUGAGGAGGAACCUGGUGAUGAUGUCGCUGUGGCCCGGAUCGUACCAGGGCAGAAACGAGCCGUUCAACUUUGACUGGAACGCCGCCAUUGAGGUCAAUGAAGGGACAAAUGUUGUACUGCAGCACAACAUUGUGGCGGGUUAUGAGCGAGUGGCGUAUCGCAUUGAUGGUGAACCGUGCCCCGGUUAUAUGAAUAAUUAUGAGGCGUGGCUCCAUAAUGAGGCUCAUGGCGGUCUGUUUGGAGUCUAUCUGAACAACGACGGGUUGCCUGGUUGCACCCAAAUCCAGGGUUUCUUCGUCUGGAGGAGCUUUGAUUACGGGAUCUACUUCCAGACCAUCAUGGAUGUUGUGGUUUCCAACGUGACGCUGGUGGACAACGGCAUGGGCAUCAUGCCUCUGGUCUACGGUCCUCCUUCUCUCUCCCACAUGUUUGCCAGCAAAACGGUGCUAAUUCAGAAUUCCUUGAUUGUCGGCAGCAGCCCGAGCUUCAACUGUUCAGACACUUUGUCCAAGAUCGACUUUAAUUUGGCAACCACCUCACACCAUCGGGCUCCCAGACCCGUCCAAGGUGGCAGAUCAGGAAUCUGCUGGCCAACGUUCCAGUCUGGCCACAACAAUGCUCCAACUAUGGCUCAUCAUCUCAACAACGGCUACAACUCCAUUAAAGGGCUGAUGACAGUCAGAGACACGACAUUCAUCAAUUUCAGAAACGUCUGCUCCUCUGAGGCAAACAUCAUGUUCAUCACCAACCCACAGAGUGAAGACCUGCAGCACCCUGUGCAGGUUUCAGGCAUACGGGUGAUUGACAGCACAGAAGAGGCCAAAGUGUUCAUUCACAGGCCUGAUUUGGGUAAAGUGAACCCGGCUGACUGCGUGGACAUGGAUUGUGAUGCAAAGAAAAAGAGCUUGUUGAAUGACUUGGAUGGAUCGUUCCUGGGUGGAGUGGGAGCUGUGGUGCCGCAGUCUGAGUAUGAGUGGGGAGGAGAUCCCAGGAGGGGGCUGGGCGACUACCGCAUCCCCAAAGUCAUGCUAACCGCCCUCAAUGGUAGCCGAAUCCCUGUGAACCAGAUCGCCCCUCACAAAGGUGUGAUCAGGAGAACGUGCACCUACAUGAGCUCCUGGCAAAGCUACAAGUGCUUCGGGCUGAACUACAGGAUGCUGGCGAUUGAAAGUCUCGAUACCGACACGGAGACCAGACGUCUGUCCCCCGUUGCUGUGCUCGGUGAUGGCUACGUGGAUCUGAUCAAUGGUCCUCAGGAUCACGGUUGGUGUUCUGGCUACACCUGCCAGAAGAGACUCUCUCUCUUCCACGGCAUCGUGGCCACCGGUCACUCCUUUGACAUUUACUUCACGAGCGUCAGCCCGCAGAAACUUCGUCUCAUGAUGCUCAACUCCGAUCAGUCUGAGAGCAUCCUGGUGUCGGUGUUUUACUCCAACCCUCAGCGCCUGGAUGUGUAUGUCAACAGCCAGCUGGUCGUUCCCACUAACGCCAGGUGGAACGCUGAUAACACCGACUACACCCUGAUGAAACCCAUGCCUGCAGAUCAGUACGUCCCUCAGCUGAACGCCACCGUGGGCACCAAUUACUUUGACCAGGACUACAAGAUGCUGAGGGUCGUGCUUAGAGGCUCUCAACCAGUGGAGAUCCGCACUUCCCCGGUUCUCAUCAUCGCCUUUGGUUUCCCCGCCCUGACCGAGGACCAGUUCUAUAGUGACAGCCUGGUCCAGAACCUCGCUGUGUUCCUCAAAGUUCCUCCAAACAUGAUCCGCAUCUCCAAGAUCGUCAGGGAGAAUGGAAGCGCGCGUCGCAGGAAGAGAUCCGUGGGGCUGACGGUGGAGGUGGAGAUCAAGAAAUCUCCUGUCCAGGAAACCACGAACAGCACCAACGGUGAUGAGGACUUCACACUGCUGAAGAGCAUCGCUGAUAAACUGGGUCAGGCAGCAGUUACUGGAAACCUCAGUCAGUCCAUCGGUUUUAAUGUCUCCUCCAUCGGCAUGGUCCCGCCUCCUCCUCCAUCCUCAGACCCGAGCUGGAAUCAGGUGGCGACAGAGGAAGUGACGAGAGAGGAACCUGCAGUGAAUUACGUGUCCGGCGUGGCCCGCCUGCUUCUGAUUGAGGAGCCGAUAGCCGGGGAGUUUGUGGGCCCUCUUUACCAGCAGCCCAGUCUGAUGGCUGUGGAUGAGGAGGGUAACUGCGUCUCCGUGGGAGUGACGACACUCAUGGUUACAGCCAGUCUGAAGGACUCCAGCGGAAACAGCGUUGAUGGACUUGAAGGAAACACCACAAUCCUGUUCAGAACCUGCUGGGCCAACUUCACCGAUCUGUCCAUUCUUAACAGCGGUGAGAACCUGAUGAUGGUCUUCACUUUGAAGGAGUGGGGCACCACCUCAAGAUCCUUCUCCAUUAAGAACACUCCCACCACCCAGAUCCCAACUGUCAACAUUACAGAGCCGACACCUCCCACAACCGAUGAGAGCAUCUUCAGCUCCGGCGCCGCUGCUUCCGCUGGCGCUCUGUGCCUGGCCAGCAUCAUCUACACUGUGGCCUGCUGUGCAGAUGCUGCUCCGUAGGUUAGAAGAGCUCAGCCCGUUUUGUGAAGGACAGCUCAAAGUCACUUUAACACGAAGGAGUAAAACAAACCUAUUUGCUGAAUGAUUUAUGUACAUGGUGGAUUUUUCCUGGAGGGCACCAUAACUAAUAGUCACUUUAACUAUUUUGUCAAGUAAAACUGAAGCUUUUCUUGAAUGUUUUUGUGUACUUGAUUUUAUUUUCUGUGGGUUUUGGGUUCUUUCAUUGUAUCAUGUGUGGGGUUUAAUACAGGUGUGACUCUCUCCACUUUUAAAAAGUGCAAUAAUACUGUAACAAGCUGAAGGAAAACAUGAAAUUUUGCAAUAAUUCUGUGCAUGUCAAUGAUUGUUU